AUGAACGUUUUAAGGGACGAUUUUGAGAAGAGUGGUGAGAGUGAAUGGGUUCCAAAAGGAGCUCCUAGAGGGGAUGUUCUUAUAACGAGUAUAACGAGAGAUGCUGGUUUAGCAGCGGAUGCCGCUUCUACUGAAGCCACUGUUUCAGCAGCACAGGAGGGCAGGCGAAGAGGGAGGAAAGGAGGGGCAGGAAGAGGAGGAGAAGGAGGAGGAGCAGCGGGAGUAGGGGGAGCAGGAGGAACUGACUUCUCAACCUCCACGUCAUCCUCAACGUUCCUGACGUCACCACCCUCUCUGUCCUCGUCAUCGGCCACGUCAGCCGCAGCAGAGUUUUCCGCCAUGUCAGCAACGCUGCCAAUGACGACAGCAGCAGGAAGUGCCAGAGGCAAGCCUACUCGCCGAUUAAGAAGAGGCGGUGCCGUGCCUGCUGCUGCCAUACCUGUUGGAAGGGGGCAGGAAGGGGGCGUGGAAGCCAGAACGCUGGACCAAUCGGAGGCGAGAGAAUCUAGCCAAUCAGAGGGGAGAGGGGGCAGCCAAUCAGAGGGCAGGGGGAGCAGCCAAUCAGAGGGGAGAGGGAGCAGCCAAUCAGAAACGAGCGGGGCAAGUGAAAGGGAGGGAGCAGACUGGGGCGGCUUAUCUGCUGGACGGGAGAGAAACCGGCAGGGGCAGGGGCAGGGGCAGGGGCAGGGGCAGGGGCAGGGGCAGGGGCAGGGGCAGGGGCAGGGGCAGGGGCAGGGGCAGGGGCAGGGGCAGGGGCAGGGGCAGAGGCAGGAGAACAAGCAGGGACAGGAGGAGGUGCCCAGGGGUGAGAAAGAGCAGGAGAAAGGGAAGGUACAACAACCUAUCGCCUGGGGUGAUGCCAUUUGGAAUCGUGGUGCUGCUGCUGCUGGUGCCACUUCAGCUGCUGCUGCUUCAUCUGCGGCUGCUUCUAGGGGCAUACCACCCACCGCUCCACCACAGCAGCAGCAGCAGCAGCAGCAGCAGCAGCAGCAGCAGCAGCAGCAGCAGCAGCAGCAGCAGCAGCAGCAGCAGCAGCAGCAGCAGCAGCAGCAGCAGCAGCAGUGGCGGCAGUGGAGGGAUUUCGAGUCCCCGCCUUCAUCAGACUAUGACACCUCCUCCUCCGAUGCCUCCCUCUUCCUGCAGUCCCGCUCCCACGCACGCUCCCUCGCCCGCGCCCAAGCCCGCAGUAAAGCGUGCGCACCUGCUGCCCGUGCACCUUCCACCCAUGCACCUGCUACCCAUGCACCUGCCACGAGUGUCACUGCUGCUGUUUCUAUGGAUGCUGUUAUGAGCACACCUGCCAGUGCUGCUGCUGGUGCUUCAUCCGUGCUACAACCACGCUUUGAGACGUCUCAGAAGAACUCGUCUGCAGCAGCUGCAGUUUCAGCCGUGCUACAGCCGGGUUCCCAACCGUCCCAUGUCUCGUCUACCGCAGCUGCUGCUACAGCUGCCAUGCUACAACCGCUUUACCAGCCGUUUGCAACCUCGUCUGUAGAGGCUGCUGCUGCAGCUGCCAUGCUACAGCCGUGUUACCAAACGCUUCAAACCUCGACUGCAGCUGCAGCUGCUGCUACAUCCGAGCUACAACCUCCAUCUCGCCUUGCCAGUGGCAGGCAGUUAUCUCUGGACUUGGGCAAGAGUAGCAAGUGGGGUGCGGAGGAGUGGAAAGGGGUGCUGGAGGUUUGUGCAGGCGUGGGGGUUGAGAAAGGUUUGGCUGGAAAUGGAAAUGCGAGCAUUUCUCUGGGUGUGGGUUUGCUUGGGCUUGAGAGUUUGGGGCUGGUUGGGAGUGGGGAGAAGGGCGGAGGGGAGGGUGGAGAGAAGGGUGGAGGAGAGGGUGGGGAGAAGGGUGGAGGAGAGAGUGAAGGGAGGGGCAGAGGAGCAGCAGCAGCACGUGCAGGGGAAGGAGUGGGAGAGAACGGAGGAGUGGGAAGCAGUGCAAAAGGAGCAGGAAUGGGUUCUGUGAGAUGCAGGCAGCCUGGGCGUUUGAUGGCUGCUAGGCGGCUAUCUUUGGAUUUAAACAACGAAGGGGUGUUUGGGAGAAUCGGUUGGGAGGAGUGGACAGGGAAAACCCUCGUUGUGGGUAGGCCCGGGGAGGGAAGGGAAGGUGGUGUGACUAAAGGGAAAGAGGGAGGGGAUGGUGGUGUGAUUAGAGCGAGGGAGAGAGAUGAUGGAACUCAGAGGAGGGAUGAGGCACAAGCAGAAGAAGUCCUAGAUGAAGGGGGAGAUAGGGAUGGGGACUUACACAGAGGAGGAAGGGAGGAGGGAGGAGGGGGUGGGGAGGGGACUCUAAGGGAGGAGAGAGCAAAGCGUUGCGACAAAAAUCCGGAGGUGCUGCAACGAAGCUUCCACAGAGCUUCGGAGGUUCCUGCGGCUGCGGUGUCUCAGCAAUCCUGCCAUGCAGUUUUGUUGCCUUGUGAUUCAGUGGAAAAUGCUGCUCCAAACGCCCCUGGCAGCAACACAGGCGAUAGAGAGAGUUUGACUGGUUGCGUAACCGACCGCAAGAGCGGCAGAAGAAGUGGCAGCAGCAGUGGCAGUAGCAGCAAGCCCAUUCGUCCCCCUGUGAGGCAUGCGUCUUUGAAUCUGAGGCAUGCUGUGAAUGAGUGGAGGGAGGGGCAGGAGGGGACGGAUGGGAGGGAGGGGAAGGAGGGGAGGGAAGGAGGCAGGGAAGGGAGGAAAGGGAGAGACGGGAGAGAAGGGAGAGAAGGGAGGGAAGGGAGGGAAGGGAGAGAAGGGAGUGGCAGCAAGAGUGGGAGCAAGACUGGAAGCAAGACUGGCAGCAGCAGUGGCAGUAGCAGGUUCCUACGCCCCCCUGUAAGGCAUGCCUCGUUGAAUCUGAGAGAUGCUGUGGAUGAGUGGAGGGAUGGGCAGGAGGGGAAGGAAAGGAGUGGCAGCAAGGCGGAGAGCAAGAGUGAGAGCAAGGCUGGCAGUGGCAGUAGCAGGCCCAUGCGUCCCCCUAUAAGGCAUGCCUCGUUGAAUCUGAGACAUGCUGUGGAUGAGUGGAGGGAUGGUCAUGAGGGGAAGGAUAAGAGGGAGGUUAGGGACAGGGAGCACGAUAGGAUGAUAGCAUGUAAAAUCCGUCCUUCCAAGGCUUUGCGCCCCCCUGUUAGGCAUGCCUCUCUUGACAUGCGGCGAGCGGUGGACGAGUGGAGGGAGGUGCAGGAGGGGAGGGAGGGGAGGGAGGGGAGGGAGGGGAGGGAGGGGAGGGAGGGGAGGGAGGGGAGGGAGGGGAGGGAUGGGAGGGAGAGGAGGGAGGGGAGGGAGGAGGACGGGCGGGACAGAAUAACUGAGCUGGUUACGAGGGAGUUACAGUGCCAAGGCAGUCGAUUGUUUGAGUCGACUCUCGAGUCGACUAAAAGCGUUGACUCGUUUGACUUUCUUGGAAAGCCGGUUGUGAAAUCGAGAAUCGCGCUGAUCAAGGAGAAGAAGAAGAAGGAGGUGGGGCUUGAGAUUGGCGAGAACGAGGGUCAAGUAGACAGGGGAGCUGGCAGGGGAGGUGAGGGAGGGGAGUGGGGGGAGAGGAGACAGCGAGACAGGCAGCUAGAGAGGCUAGGUCGACGGGGGUCGUUGGAUCUCGGCAGGAGCAUGGGGGGAGGGGAGGGUGGGAGAGGAGAGGGUAGGGGAGGCGGGCGGUGGGAGGGGGAGAAGAGAGUGGAAGAGUGGCUGUUCAAGUCACAAAGGGAUGGUCAGAAGUACCGCCAGUCUUCGGCUGCUUCUACUAGCGGUGCUGCCGCCGCCGCUGCUGCUGCUGCUGCUGCUGCUGCUGGCGCUGGUGCUUCUACUGCUUCUGCUGCUGCUGCGGCUGCCGCUGCUGCUGCUGCCGCUGCUGUUGCGGUCUCUGCACCUCCUGCUGCUGCUGCCGCUGCUAGUGGUGCUGCUGCUGCUGCUGCUGCUGUUGCUGCUGCUGCUGGUACUGAUACCGGUCCUGCUGUUGGUGCUGCUGCUGCUGCUGCUGCUGCUGCUGCUGCUGCUGCUGCUGCUGCUGCUGCUGCUGCUGCUGCUGCUGCUGCUGCUGCUACCAGUGAUGCUGCUGGUGGUGGUGGUGCUGCUGCUGCUGCUGAGCUCCUUGAGAAAGCACCUGAGGGGCUGAGCACUCGAAAGAGGCUGGGCGGAAGGCAGGCGUCUCUUGAUCCCAGGAGUCUAGAGAUAGGGAAGCAGAGGGUGGUGACGAUGAGAGAAGGGGAGAGGAGGAGUGGGGAAGUGAGAGGGAGAGGUGGGAAGGAGGAGAGGGGAAGAAGAGGGGAGGAGAGAGGGAGGGGAGGAGAGGUGAGGGUAAGGGGAGGAGAGGAGAGGGGAGGAGGAAGCGAAGUGGUUGAUUUGCUGGUGCAGGAGGGGCGGCGGCAGCAGCAGCAGCUGAAGAGGGAGCACCGGGACCAGGAGCAGAGGCAACAGCAGCAGGGAAGGGAGGUUCUAAACGAGGGUAGCAGGGAGGUUACAAACGAUGCUAGCCAGGAGGUUACAAUCGAGGAUAUCAGGGAUGCUACAAAUGAGGAUAUCAGGGUUGGUGUUGAAGCUGCAAGGGAGGAGGAAACAUGGAGGAAACACAUUUUCCAACUCCCUUCAGAUAGUGAUUUCUCAGGGCCGGGAACUCCUCAGGCCACUGCUGCUGCUACGGCUGCUGCUGGUGCAGCCGCUGCUGGCCAGACUUGCGUUGACUCGUUUGACUUUCUGGGAAAGCCGGAGGUGAAGUCGAGAAUCGCACAGCUCAAAGAGAAGAAGAAGAAGGAAGUUGGUUUCGAGAUUCCUCAAAAAGAGGAGAAGAAGGGGCGGGGCCAAAUGCAGAGCAACACUCCGCUACACAAGCAAAGGUCGUUAGACUCUCGAACCAAGGGGGGAUUGCCUUUUCUUGCCACUGCUGCUGCUGCUGCUGGAAAGACCUUCAUUGACUCGUUUGACUUUCUUGAAAAGCCUGUUGUACGGCAGUCCGUGAUGGUCAAGGAGGGAAGAUUUAGGCUGCCAAUGGAGCGGCACGCUUCCCUGGAUUCAAGGAGAGGGCUCCUGGAUUUCAGGGAGGAUUUGCUGGAAUCAGGGGAGGAAUUUCUGGAUUUCAAGGAUGAUUCGCUAGAUGUGAGGAAAUACUCUCCCUUGGAUUUCAGCAGAGAAUUUCGGGAUGCGAGAAACGUUUUGCUGGAUACAAGGGAAGAAUCUUUAAGCCUCAGGGGGGGAUUCCUGGAUUUCAUGGGGGAGGGAAAGGUUGGUAGGUUGAGGAGGAGGGGUUCGCUUGAAAGUGUGGGGGGCUCUAAGCAACAUGCUUACUUAAACGUUGGUGGUGGGGAGGAGUGGGAGGAUAGGAGCUUAGGACGAACAGGAGGGGGGCGGAGUCUGGGAAAUCGACGGCAGCGGUCGCCGCUUGGGAGGAGGAGGUCGAUGGGGGAAGGAGGGCUGGACGCUGCUUUGAUUGUGCACGACCGGGAUGGUGAGGGUCGAAAGGAGGAUAAAGAGUGGGGAAAAGAGGGAGGGGGGCGGAGUUUGGGAAAUCGACGGCAGCGAUCGCCGCUCGGAAGAAGGAGGUCGAUGGGGGGAGGAGUGGGGGGUCUGGGAUUGGACGUUGGUACUUUGGGGUUGGGAGUAGACGGUGGGGGCAGUGAUGCUGGAAAGGAGGGGAAGGAGUGGGGAAGUGUGAGAGAGAAGCGACAUUUGGGUAAUCUAAGGUGCUCACCGUUAGGAAGGAGGAGGUCGAUGGGGGGAGGAGGGAUGGACGCUGCUUCUUUGGGGCUUGGGUUGAACAAUGAGGACAAUGCGGCUGGACUGGGUGCAAAGGAGUGGGGAGGAGUGGGAGAGAGGAGGCAUUCGGGCACUCGAGGGCGCUCACCACUGGGGAGGAGGAGGUCGAUGGGGGGAAUGGGUGAGGUGGUUAGCUAUUUAUCGGCUGUGAGUGGGUGGGCUGAUGAGGGUUCAAGAACGGGCGAGAGGCGGGGUGGUUCGAGACGAAAGUCUCCUCUGGGGCGGCGGAGGUCGGUGGGGGGGAUGGGUGAAGUGGCUGAUUUUUUAUCGUCUGUGAGUGGGUGGGCUGAUGAGGGUUUAGCAGGAACGGGACAGAGGCAGGGUGGUUCGAGGCAUAGGGGGGAUGGUGGGGGGAAAGCACAUGGGAAGGCUUAUAGGCCGGAAGAGCAGCGACGGGUGUGCAGAGAGGUAUGCGGUGAGGAGUGCAGAUCGAGGUGCGAAGAGGGGUGCAGAGCGGUGCGCAGCGGUGGUGCUAGUGGUGUUAGGGCUGUUUUGGAUUCACAUGACUCAGAAUCGGCCGACUCGCCUGCGUGGGGAACAGUGAGUGGCGGAAGGAGAGUGGGAAGACGAGAAGGAGGAAGCGGAGGCGGGCUUACUUUGAAUGUUCUUAAAAGUAAUGCAGAUGUUGCGGCGGGUGGUAGGGGGCCGAGAUGGCCUGUUUUGGAUUCGCACGAAUCAGAAUCGGCCGAUUCGCCUGUGUGGGGGACGGUGAGUGGCGGCAGGCGAGGGGGAAGGCGAGAAGGAGGAGGAAGCGGAGGCGGGCUUACAGCAGAUGCUGCUACUUUCGAGGCGUCUCGAACGAGCGGUGACGGGAAAGGGGGAAUGAGAGGAGGAGGUGGAGGCGGGGUUACAGCAGACGCUGAUGCAGUGCGCAACAGGGAACUGCGAUGGCCUGUUUUGGAUACACACGAGUCAGAAUCGUCCGAUUCACCUGUGUGGGGGACGGUGAGUGGAGGAAGGAGAGGGGGGAGGACGGGUGAGAAAGGUGAUGGUUUUACAGCAGAUGCAGUGGGGGAUGGCAGGAGAGGGGGAGGGAGAGGUGAGAGGGAGGGUGAUUUUACAAGAGAUGUAGUGGGGAAUGGCAGGAGAGGGGGAGGGAUGGGUGAGAGAGGAGAUGGUUUUACAGCAGAUGUCGUGGAUGACGGCAGGAGAGGGGGAGGAGUAACGUCUGAUGCUGCAACUGCUGAUGCAGCACCUGAUGAAACACCUGAUUAUACAUCACCUCAUUAUCCAACACUUGAUGCAACAUCUGAUGCAACACCGGAUGCUGCACCUGAUGCAACAGUUAAUGCAACACCUGAUGCAACACCUUAUGCUCCUGACGCUGCACCUGUUGCUGCACCUGAAGCUUUAGCCUCUGCUACCGUGAUAGUUGUGAGUUGCUUCGAUAGGGUUGGUGGGGAGACAGCGGGGGAGGAUGGAAGCACCCUGUUUCCUCUGAGCGAGGUGGGGAAAAUGUCUCCUCCCAUCCUCCAUCCCCCCCACUGCGCUCCUUCCCCCCAUUGUCCCCCACCUCCUAUCCCCUCUCCCACCCGCAUCCACCUCCCUCUCACCCCUCUCCUCCCUCUCACCCCCCUCCUCCCUCCAACCCCUCUCCUCCCUCCCAUCACCGUUCCCUCUUCCGCACACUAUCCACCUCUCUCCUCCCCUUCAGGCCCCCCUCCCUCAUCCGAACCCUCUCCUCCUCCUUCUCCUCCUCCCCCUCCUCCUCCUCCAAACCUGUCAUUCAAAGCUCUCGCUCUGCGUCUUUCCCCGGUCCUGCAAUUCCCCCUCUCUCCUCGCCCUCUCCUCUCCUCUUUAUCGCUCUUCACCUCUCACCUUCCCUCUGGUGCUUCCUCCUCUUCCUCCUCCUCCUCCUCCUCCUCCUCAUCACUUCUCCAUUCCCGGUCUAUCCGACGGAAGUCAGAGAGUUAUAAGGAGCGUGCCGCCGUGUCCACACACCAACCUGCUGUCAACCCAUCCUCCUUAUUACCAUCCUCGUUAUUACCAUCCACAUCCCGGCGUGCGUCUAUUGAUAUGCCCGAGCUGGGUGCAUCGCUUUUAAGAUUGCCGAGCCUUUCUUCUUUGCUCCGCCAAUGGAAGGAAGGCAAUGUCUCGAGUAGCGACAAAGAGGAGGAUUUACCCUAA